GGAAAGAAAAAGAGAAAUUUUAUUCUGGGUACCAACAGAUAGGAAGUGUCACACUGUAUCGCGACGCCAUUGCUCCGGGUAUCGCGCAUGCCGCCAUCUCGGAGCGCUUCAUAGUCGCAUGAUUUAUGGCGCACUGGUUUUGUAAUUCGCAAAUAACAAAGUGACUCAGACUUGCUUAGACUAUCGUGCGUAAUGAGAGCCCUAUCGUUGGUGUUGCGUCUAACAUUUCCUCCUAAGUCCCGAAGAAAGUUCGAACAAUGAAACCCGAAUUCGAAUGUUCUGUUUGUGAAUUCUGUUUGUGAAUUUCGCUUUGAUGCUGCAAUAUAAACGACAGGUCUCACAAAAUUCUAAAACGACGUGAGAGUUUCAUCGUCGUAAUUGCCGUCAUCGUCGCAAUACGACAGAGUCGUAUUGUUAAAGCUUAAUUUUUCGGCCCAGUGAUACUUGAGGUAACUUCUUCGCAGGACCAUUGAAGACAAAGAAAUCCGUUGCACGGAUCUAAUCGGUACAAUGUCUAGCGAACAAUUUUCUUUAGUAUGGAACAGUUUUCCAAGAAAUUUGUCUUCCGGCUUAUAUACUUUGUUGACGGAUGAGCAGCUUGUAGAUGUUACAUUGGCAGCUGAAGGUCAAAUUUUAAGAGCCCACAAGUUGAUAUUGUCAGUUUGCAGCACAUAUUUUCGGGAGCUUUUUAAGAUGAAUUCAUGCAAACAUCCUAUUGUCAUACUAAAAGAUAUCAGUUAUCGGGACCUGUCAUCUAUGCUGCAUUUCAUGUAUCAAGGAGAAGUUAAUAUAAAACAGGAGGAUAUCUCCAGCUUUCUUAAAGUUGCAGAAACUCUUCAAAUAAAAGGACUGACUGCAGGAUCAGAUGAGAAGCUCAGUGAUACUCUUGAAGGGAAGAAAGAUUGGAGAGACUUAGACUUUUAUCUAGAUAAGGAUGAAGAUAAUCCUAGCCAUACAGACGGAGGCUCGCACAUUGCGGAGAAAGAACAAUUAAUAAGGAGACAACAUGUUUUGACAGAAAGUUUAAAAGGAGGAAGAUCUUUCACAGAACCGACAUUAGGUGUCGGUGAUAUUAGCCACCAAGUUCACACAGAAUCUGACGACUACAAUCUCCCCGCAGACAUACGGACGACUUAUAGCGAAAAGUGUGCGAGCGCGGAUGUACCGAUCAGCAACGUCGAACCAUUGGAUUGCACAUCAUCAGACGUGAGUCAGCUGCAGAACACUAAACACGAACCACUGGAUUACACGUUGGACACCGACAUAGAUGCUGAAUACAACAGAUCGUGCAUGGUGGAGAAAGUACUAUAUAACUCCGAGGAGAACGCGCAGAGACAAGAUUUCGCGCCAGACACGCAGUUAGUUCCCUACAGUCAGAACUCACAAACUCAACCGUUCGGUCCAAGCAACGUGACGGCGUUUCAGGGUGAUUAUAUGCCGUACGAUGCAUCGGUGAGCCCUAGUAACAAAGGUCGACGCACCGUUAAGGGUAUACCCGGCAGCAGCUUACCUCUGGAAACAACGCUGCGUGUCGUUUCGGAACUAGGACCGACGCUCCGCUUUGAGCGCGGCAAGAUGAUACGCAUGUAUUCGUGUCCGUGGUGCCUCCGUCAUUUCACGCGGAAGGAGAAUCUCAAACUCCAUGUCCGUUAUAUUCACGGUCCGCUUGAAAGUCUCACGUGUAAGCUUUGUGGUAAUAAAUAUAAGAACAGUAACAGUCUGCGUGUACACUCCUACCUCUAUCACAACGCCAAGCGGGAUAAGCACGGCAAGCCACUCAUGGACGGCGGCGGCAGUGGUGAUGGCGGUGGUGGUCACGGUGGCGGAGACAGCGGUGUCGUGUGAACAGAGACCGGAAUGAAUCUCUUCUCUUGUAUAUGAACUUUCGCGGAAGACUUUGUGUGGCCGUCGUGUAAACGGUGUAAGGCCGGUGCAAGUAUAUAGCGUGAACGGCGAGUGGAAUGAAUUUAUUAUAUUUAUAUUCGCGCACAAUGCUACACUCGCACAAGUGUAUCUAAAUAUUAAGUAAUUACCGACCACACUUCAAUACAUUUAUAGAAAUAAAGCGCCUUAUUAUAUA